AUGGCUACCCCCAGUGUCCUCGCUUUUGACGCUGAGGGUCGGGCCAUUGACUUUGAGGUCUGGGUAGAUGACCUCCAGCUGUUCUUACAGUGCGAUUGGGCAAACGGCCUCUCUCUCUUUGACCUUACCUCUGGCGCUUCCCCUGCCCCUGCUGCUGAUGCUGACCCUAUUGUUCGCUCCCAGUGGGCUACGCGCGAUGCUGCUGCACGUCUUGCUGUGCGUCGCCACCUCCCUACCUCUGAGCGUGCGCACUUUAGUCAGUACAAGAGUGCUCAGACCUUGUAUGACGCUGUCGUUGCACGCUACUCCUCCCCUGCCAGUGCUGCACUGAGCCGCCUCAUGCUACCCUUCCUCUUCCCUGACCUUGCCGCCUUUCCCACAGUCGCUGAUCUCAUUACGCAUCUCCGCACUAGUGACACCCGCUACCGCGCUGCGCUUCCUGCUGACUUCUGCGCCAAGAACCCCCCCCCCCCCCCCCCCCAUGUACAUCACUCUCUACUUCUUAGUCACCCGCCUCCCCGACUCCCUUCGGGUGUUCUCCUUCCCCUCUCUUGCCCUCUGUCGCCUCUGCCGCUGCGGCCGCCCUCGUUGGUCUUGAGUCCGUCGGUGCGGCGUCUGCCCCUAGCGGGAGACGUCGCCCUGGCAAAGGCAAGGGGGGCAAGGGAGCGGGUGGGGCUAGCGGGGGCGGUGGCGGUGGAGGUGGAGGCGGCGGAGGGAGUGGGGGUGGCGGUGGAGGAGUUGGCGGGGGUGGGGGUGCUAGUGGCAGCAGUGGUGGCGGAGGCGGCGUCGACGGCGGCGGUACCGGCGGGGGUGGCGGCGGUGGCGGAGGUGGAGGCGGUGGAGGAGGAGGUGGUGGAGGUGGUCGGAGUGGCACUUCACAGCGGAGCGGCACUGGGGGUGGUCAACGCUAGCAGCAGCAGCAGCAGCAGCAGCGUUCUCGCGACGUCCCCAUCCCUCAGCAGCUCCGUGAGUGGUACACGCAGCGUCAACGUGGUGGGGGACUUGGUCCCUGCGCCUACGUCCUUCGCACCGGCGACCGCGCGGUUUCCGGAGGCCACGGAGAUCCCAUGCUGGGGAGAGCUGUCCAGGGCUGGCGUGGCUAUCUUUGAUCUUGACUUUGAUGCUAUCCUUGCUGCCAUGUAUGCUGUGACUGUUAGUGAUGAGGGUGACUAUUACCGGUGUUUCCCGCCCGGCCCGGGCAUUGGUACUGCUGCGCUAGGUGCUUGUGAGGCUACUGCUCUAGCUGCCUGUGCGUCUGCGUUCUCAGGUACUAGUGAGGCUGCGCUCUCAGGUACUAGUGAGGCUGCUCUCUCAGGUGCCGCGUCGGCUUCGGCCUCCCUCACCUUCACACUUGACUCAGGGGCUUCUCGCUCCUUCUUUCGAGACCGCACCACACUCACGCCACAUGGUCGGCCGGUUGCAGUCUCCCCGGCUGACCCCUCUGGGGGUCCUAACCUCGCUCACUUCUCCACUGUCCUCCCGUGUCCGGCUGCCCCCUCGGGCACCCUGUCGGGUCUGUACCUCCCCUCGUUCUCGACAAACUUGGUGAGUGGUGCUGACCUGCAGGAUGUGGGGGUUCACCAUUUUACUCCUGCAAGUCAGCGGGGGACCCACUGCUCGGACGCCCGCACAGGCCGACACCUAGCCACGUUUUCGCGUCGGCUCGGGCCGAGUCUCUACACCCUGACCAUUGAGUCUCCUCCAGUCCCUACGUCUGGCCAGGUAGCUGCGUCGGGUCAGGUGUUUGCUGCUGCAUCCAGGUCUGGUCCUGAGUCUGCCCCCUGCUCGUGUCGCCUCCUGUCUCACGAGACUCUCUUGUGGCACCACCGUCUUGGCCACCCCUCCUUGCCUCAUCUUCGGGGCAUGGCUUCCCGUAUCCUUGUCUCUGGUCUCCCCCGAUCUCUCCCUCCCCUUCCUUCGGGGCCAGGACCUUCGUGUAUCCCCUAUGUGGAGGGGCGGCUCCAAGCUGCCCCUCACUCCUCCCAGUUUCCCCCGACAGAGGCUACUCUGCAGACGCUUCACAUGGACGUGUGGGGCCCGGCCCGCGUCCGUGGACAGGGUCACGAGCGCUACUUCCUGCUGGUGGUUGACGACUACUCGCGUUACACCACAGUCUUCCCCUUGCGCAGCAAGGGUGAUGUCACUGAGGUGUUGAUCGACUGGAUCCGCGCGGCUCGUCUCCAGCUCAGGAGGAGCUUCGGCUCGGACUUUCCUGUUCUGCGUCUGCACUCUGACCGAGGCAGAGAGUUCUCCUCUGGCCUUCUGCGAGCCUACUGUCGUGCACGAGGCAUCCGCCAGACCUUCACGGUUCCGGACUCUCCACAGCAAAAUGGGAUUGCUGAGCGCCGCAUUGACAUGGUCAUGGACGUCGCUCGUACGUCCAUGAUGCAUGCGGCUGCCCCCCAUUUUCUGUGGCCGUUUGCAGUUCGGUACGCGGCGCAUCAGCUCAACCUUCACCCCAGGGUCUCCCGGCCGGAGACCUCCCCAGAUCUGCUGUGGACGGGGAAGGUCGGUGAUGCGUCUGCGUUCCGUGUCUGGGGAUCUCGGGCGUUUGUCCGUGACCUGUCUGCGGACAAGCUGUCCCCUCGUGCUGCUCCCUUUGUCUUCCUAGGCUUCCCCCCCUGA